UCUCUUUUCCCCUCCCCCCACUUCCCUUCCAUUGCCUCCCAAUCCUUUCGUCGUCAUCAACGAACAUCUCUGCAACUUUUGUUUCUCCCCCAAAUUUCAUCUCUGCAACUUUUGUUUCUCCCCCAAAUUUUAAAACUUUGUUUUCUCAGAGUUUUCGAAAUUUUGAUUUCAAAUUUGGUAAUUGGAUUACUUGUUGGUGCAGAUAUUGGAGAAGAAGAAGAAGGUUCACGACCUCAUAAAAAGAACUUCUUCCAGACUUGAUCCUCUUUCUCCCUUUGAUUCCUUCCGUCGUUAUACAAAGAAUGACUUAUUUGUGUACCUGGAACCUGGCCGUGGAGAUAGACUAUCCUCGUCCCUGAAACAACACAUUCGAAAGCUCUUGAAGGUUCCAAUUCUUGAUUCGUCAAGUAUCAAGUGGGUGCAGCCCAACACUCUUGUUCGGUUCCGUGGAAUGAUACAAGACAUGCUUGGAAAUGAAUUCUAUGCUGGUGCUUACAAGGUUCCAGGACAAAACCAAUGGACUGAAUGUUCUUCUGUGGAGCUCAAGAACCGUUUUCUGGAUCUCACUGGUCAAAAACAGGGAGAAACGUGCAGGGUGGAUGAAGCAGGCUUAAUGGCUUACCUUCGUUGUCCUGGACUGUUUCUUGGUCAAACAGUUCGGAAGGCAACACCAAGGUUCAGUUCAGCAAGGAGGCCAACAAUCUCUGCAACCUUAACUCCUACAACCACUCUGAUAUGAGAACAAUUUCGGUUAAGUCAUCAGAGUGUGAAGAGAUGGUUACCAACUUACGGACGCAACUAAGAGCAUUAUCUACAAUCAAAACAAGCAUGACAGUGAAAUUUCCACACAAAAGAUCGUCACGCAGGGAAGUACAGAAGAGUCAACGACAAAAGGUUCAUUUUACAUAGCCGAGGAUGAUACUAGUAGAAUUACUCAUGAUGGUGAAAAUUGCCUUGAUUGUGUGCGAACAAGUGAAACUGAAAGCUGAGAAGAUGGAGAUGCUUCCAACAAAAAAGAAAGGAUUAGGAUUCUUGAAGAAGCUAUUGUUCGAAAGGAAAAGGGUGAGCAGCAGGAAAUGUCUUGCCUUAAAUUUACAUAACAUAAAGGUUUUUGUAAAGGCUUUUAAUUUGUUUGUGUAUGUCUAUGUAAUGGGUGAAUAUAUACUAUCUGUGGUUAUGUUUGUGUCUCAGAGAUGUGAUGAGUGUAGUUUUGAUUUUAUAUCUUAAUAGUCCAUGUAAACUUGGAAACUGAGCUACCUCAAAGAAUACUUUAUUUGGUUAGAGUAGAUAUGUCAAUUAGGAUCGAAGCCUGCAACCCAAACCUGUCCAAUCCUAUAAAUAAUGUAUAAUUUCCUCUUACAGCAGAACCGUUGUUGACAAAGAGGAUCUGAUUGUGUAAAAUGUGUUUGUGCUUGUUUUGAUAGGUUUUAAAGUUUUUUUUUGUGAAAGUAUACAUUAUCAGUAAUGAAUCCAUAAUUUCUUAGACAUCAAAAACUUUAGAAAAAGAAAAUAUAUAUGUCCCAUGAAGAUGAUGAACUAGAUGUCCAAUUAUGCAAUGAGAACUUCAAUUGCAAAUUCAUUUCUCUGAUUCAUAAUAAUCUACUUAACUUUAUUUUGAAAUAUACAUAAUUGAUUUUGGAAUAUGUUUGUUUGAUCAGUGGAUUUGUCAAUGAUUUCUAAAUCGGAAUAUUUUUCUAAUCCACUAAAAUACUAGAAACCCCCACUUAGUACAAAAAAGCCUAGUUUUGUUAGAAAACUCAAAUAUCUGCAUUGACAUUUCACAUUAUUUUCUACCCUUGAACCCUGGCCACACAUACGUAGCCAUACAUUGCGAGAUUGAGACCCGACAUCUAGCCAUACAAGUAUGAUAGAUUGGUAUGGCAAAUCCCCUUGCCUUAUCAGGGUGAAUGGCAAAGAGGGCCUCUUUUAUUUCACCAGAGUUUCCUGAUGAAGUGAAGAUAUCUUGGAAGUACGCGCCUAUAGCUGCUGCUAUCUUAUCGUCCUCAAACACCGGUGUGCCAUCUGCUCUUUCAAUUACCAAAAUUUUAUUCUGAGCCCUUCUUCCUUUCGUUACAGCGUGAAAAAGACUCGUGUUUUUGUCUCCUAGGGUGAGCCACAUGAGUCGACUGCGCUGUCUCCAAAACUCUUCCUCAUCUUUAUAGGCUUUGAGGAGCUUCAGAUUCAGGACAUAUAUCAACUCAUCAUUCAAGAUAUGAGCAGUGAGGGCCGUGUCUAGAGAAUCCUUGAGCUCUAAGAUAAGUUUCUUAUUAUUGGUAUGGAAUUCCUUACUGUUGGUAUGGAAUUCCUUACUCCAAGCUGAAAUAGAGUGUUUGCAUUUGGUGAUUCUCAUAGAGACAUUGAGAUUAGGGUUCUCAUUCCAGAAUUUAGAAAUAAGUGUACUAAUCUCCUCAUGGUUUCGCAGGCGUCUGUCAUAACGGAAGAUUCGUGAGGACUUCUUCUACCUAUAGUCAAAGGUCGAGAUGAGAGGUUUAUGAUCAGAAACUUCGAACUUGAGAUAGUGUGAGCGGCCAUUUGGAAACAAAUCAGACCAUGAACUAUUUGCCAUAGCCCUGUCCAGUCUGCAAUGGACUAAGUGGGAGUGUCGCUGUCCUCUCCACGAUAGAAUGUUCCCAUUAUGUUUCAUAUCAAAGAGGUCACACACUGAGAGGAAGGAUCUGAAGUUACUAAAGGAGCUUUCCGGCCUUCCCAGCCCCCCGACUUCUCAGAAUUGUCGGUGAUUUCGUUAAACUAACCUGUGAGGAACCACAGAGAAUCUCGGGAAGCAGAGAGAUCACAGAGUUGGGACCAAACAUCUAGGCUUCGAGAUAUCAUGGGCUUUGUAUACAAAGGUACCAUUAAAUGAUUUCCAUUUGAAGGAGAUAAGGCUAUCGAUGAAGUUUGGAUUAGCUGAGCUAACCAUGAUGUCAACAUCUUUUUCCAUAGUCGGACCAAUCCUCCAGAGCCCGGUGUAAUAGGAGAGACCAAGAACUUCAUUUCAAGGUUUAGAACUUCCAACUCUUUAGCAACGAAGUUUAAUAUACAAUAAUCUAUUAGAUUUUUUUGAUGUUAUAUAAUAUUGUAUAUAAUUUAGACACAUAAUAAUUUUAGAUAGAUAUUAUAUUUUCUAUGCGCUCGCAUAGACGGACUUAUGCAUUAUUAUCAAGAAAUUAAACAAUUAAUAUUAUUAUUUUCAAUGUUAUUAAUUAUAUUAACUGUUACCUAUUUUUUGUAUUUAAAUAACUACAGAUAUUAGUUUAAUUACUUAAAAUAAUUUAUUUAUUGUUUCUAAUAUUUUUAAAUAUUUAUUUUUUAAAUUAAAAACUAUUUAUAUAUUAAUUUUAUAUUUAUAUUUUAUAUAUAUAUAUAUAUAUCUAAAAACAAAUAUGUGCGUGUAAACGAUGCGUUAGAGUAGAGAUUUAUAUGCCGGAUACCGAGUUCCUAACGAGAUUUGAAACACUGGAAAAAAUGAACACAAUAAAAAGAAGCUGGCAGACAUAAUGCAAUGAGCUAGGAAAUCAGAACACACUUGUCUUAUAUUAUAGAGAAUUUAGUUAUUGAAUCUUGACCUAGUUCUGGAAAAUGACUCCCAAACCACUAGUAUAUGAAGAUGACGAUAUGCUUAAUGCUUCACAGUUCUAACCUUUCCUCUUUGAUAAUUAGUGUUUAUGUACUGUUAACCAAAUUGUUGAAUAAUUGUUUUUCUUUUGCUUUUACAGCACGUGCUUAAUGAAGUUAUUAACUUUAUCUCGGAGUUGCGUAUACAACUCGAACUAUUCCAAAGCUAUCUUUGUCUUUUGUACUUGAUGAUUCGCUUCGACAAUAAAAAAUCAUUAUUAUCUUGAAUAUGACUUUUUCCGGAAGAACUGUACACUCGUGGCUAAUGGCUAUCUAUGUCGAAUUAAAAUAAUAUAUACUCUAGUCUAGAAGAAUUUUAACAACUACUGAUGUCUGAUCUGUACCUGCUCAAUCUCGAAGAUAGGAUAAAUUUCAGUUUCAAACGUCAAUGCUUUAGGGUUUACGUUGACAAUUAAAAAAGAAGUUGGUUAAGAUGUUUAAAGUUAUGUACUUAGUUAAGGAACGUCAACCAAUUUUCGGGAUCUUCAACAUCCGUAACAUUUCAAAAUAGCAAGAUUCAGAGACCACCGAAUAGCACCUUUUAUCCUUCUCAUAUUUCAUAUUCCACAGCAACACCUCCAAUUCAGUAUGUUAAGGGUAUUCUCAUCCAUUGGUAUCUCUAGACGAUAUCUCUCGUAACUAAAUUAAUAUUGGGCAGUUGGACCAAAAAAAAUUUAAGUUAAUAAAAUAAAUGGACAAAUAAGAAAAUGUAAAAAAAAAAAAAGAAGUUUCCUAAUGAGAUAUCCCAAAACAAUUGUAAAAGAUUCAUGUGCAACUUGUCCUUUUUCUAUUUGUAUAAUCUUCUUUUUACUUUAAAUUUAAUUUCAACGUAAAUUGUAUUGAUAUUAUAUUGUGAAAGAUUUAUCUAAAGAGCAUGUACCAAUGUGAAUGUUCUAAGACUAUAUAUUGCGGUUUUUUAUUAACACUCUAUUUUUACAUUAAAACAGUUCACGUCAUCUUCUUUUUUUCACCUUAUAUUUUAAUACCUAUAAAUACUAGAUUUAUUAUUUUAAAAAUGAGAAUUGAAAUUACAACUAGAAAUUGUAUGUCCAAAUCAAAUAAAAAAAUUUCUGUUUGUAAAACACUCAACGACUGAUCUAAAUUUUUUAAAUUAAUUUGUUGUAAAAUAAUUGAUAUGAAAAGCUUAUAAUGUAAAAAAAUCAGCAAUUUAAGUCAGCAAUAAUAAAAUGACAUGUUAUUCUAGUGGAUCCAAUUUCUAGUUUCAACCAAUUGAAAACAUUCAACAACAAAUAAUCCACUUAAUUUUUUUUGCUUUUCAGUAUCCCUAUUAAAAACAUUCAUCAGUUAAAUAAAAUAUUUAACAUACUCAUUGUGAAUGGUACGAAGAUGUAAGGAAUUUCAUGAUUCCCUAAAAUCAAAGGUCAUUUAAAUCUCACUUUUUACGUGACAUGAAGAUGGAGAGAAUUAUAAUUGUGGUUUAGAAAGUAAUUAUCCAUAUACAUUGUUCCAAAAAAAUUUAAAACAGCGAAGAUAUUAUAGAACUUCGACUCUUUUUCUUAAAAAAAGAAGAAGAAGAAUGCCACCAGUAAAGCCAUUGUCCACAUAAUAAGGCUACAUAUGGAUAUCGCAUGGCUAUUGAAAGUUGAUUAGACUAUCACAAGUCGCCAAUCAGAAGGUAACUUCUAGGUAUCAGUGAGAUGUGGCUUAUAGUUAUUGGAGAAUAGUGAAAAAAUAACCUCUUCAAAUUAAUACUUUAUAAAUUAAUAUAUAUUUAAUUUUUUUAUAAAUAAUAUAAUUUUAUAAUUUUUAAUUGAGUUUUUGGUUCAAUUAGUAUAUCGAUAAAUUAAUAUCUCUAUAAAUUAAUAAAGUUAUAGUUUUGAUGUACUCUCGAUAUUAUUAAUUUAUAGAGAUUUUCCUGUAUUAAUUUUUUGUUUUGGUGCUUUCACUUGUUAAGCUAUCAAUCAUGUCAACAACCAAAUUUCCAACAUGAUCCAUUGUUCGUUAUAAAAAAAGACAAAAAUAUAUUCAGAGUUUUAUAUAUUUUUUUAAAGUUAUUACAUAUAGUUUUGGAUAUUUUUUUAUCUUCGGAUAUAGAAGUUAAUAUUAGUAACGUAUAAUACCUUUUUACUACAUCCACAUCCAGAUUUUAUUUGAGAUAAAAGACCAGAAAUUUAACAUAUAGAAAUAUUAAUAAUUUAAUUUUGUCAACUGCAAAUAUAUUAUCAUUUGUAUUCAGUCUUUAACUGUUGAGGUUUUUCCUAAUCAAUGCUUGUAUAAUUAAUAUAAAUGUUUAAACUAAAAUCAAAAUAGAUAACUUUCGUAGAACCCAAUUAAGUACGGAGAAUGGCAUAUGCUAAUUUGAGGGAAAAUAAAAUUGAGGAGAAUUAGUUAAAUAAAGUUUGAGGGAUUAAAUUAUUUGUCAGCUUCUACUUUACUAAAUCAAGAUUGGAUCAGAUGAAACGUUUAUCCGUAAAGCACCUUUAUAUAACACUAUCCGGAUGAAAAUAACUUUCGUGAUCCUAAUUUUUUUUUAAGAGCUAGUCUGACUAUUUCUGUUCUGGGAAUAUGAAGUAAAUUCAUAUCCUCGAAAUUAUUUUGUAGACUCAGGAACGCAUCAGUCUCGAUGCAAAAGCUGAUCAGUCCAUUAGAUUUUUAGUUAUAUCCAGUUAUCCACUAGAUCUAACCAAUCUUUUUUGAAACACAUCGAAAAUUUCUUCAUGUUUCUCUUGCAAUGAACCUGUCCUAAAUAAUCUUUCAAAAAGUGAAAUACUUUAUUUAUGAAAUCAUUUUUUUUUUGCUAAGUACGUGAAUAUCAUUAGAAAAUGAGAAGUUUUGUUUGUACAAAAAGUUUAAGCGGACUAGCCCCUCUCUGGCAAAAAAAGGAAAAACAGAGAAAGACUACAAGGUACUAACUACUGGUAGGUUAGUUUGAUCACUCAUAUUAUUUAUGAAAUCAUUAAUAUCGUAACAAUUAAAAUAAAGAAUAAUUCAAUAUUUUCUUGAUCUACAUGUAUAUAUUAAUUUAUCACUAUGUGGAGAUUCAUUAAUUAGUGUAAUGUUUCAUUGAUCAAAGUUCAAAAUCAUUUCGUGGUAACUGGUAAGUAAACGGCGAAAAACAUAUCUCCCAGUUGCUCAAUAUGACAAAACUCAACAUCAACAACGUGAUUGCAUAUAAAUAUACUAUGUAAUUUUAUUAUCUAAGCUCAAAUUAAUGUUUUUGUCAUCUUUUUGGUUCAGAGUUUUAAGUUUUAUCUCGGUACAUGCCGACAUCGCUAUGGGCUACUGCUGCAUAUAAAUGAAGGUGGGCGUGAUAAAAUGUUAAUGGGACAUCCAAAAAAAAUCUUUAAUUUCAAUGCAUGAAAAAUGAAUUAUUAUUUUUAAUUAUAACCACAGAUGUGGUAGCCCAGUUGGUUUUAGCACAAGUGUUAGUGUCGUUGUGCUUCUGAGUUCGAUCCAUCUUUACGCUAAAAUGGUAUCAGCGUCGGCUGGAUCCUAGACCUGGGAGAUUAAAAUACAUGUAUAUAUAUGUAUAUAUAACUGCGGAGUUUUAAUCUUUAUAGGAAACUCAACCGAAAGAUUUUUACUCUAGAUAAUCAAAAAAAAUGAGACAAGGUCGUGCUGAAUUUGGUUACGGCGCCGAAAUGCAUACGCAUGCAGUUUCUAGAUGACCUCAACCAUUCUCCAGUAACCAAUUUUGGAUUACAUGUUAGACAAUAAAAUUUGGAUUACAUGUAACAUAUUCAUCUCACACCGAAAAUGGUGUUUAUAUCUGAUUUGUAUUUUAAUGUAUAAAUACUAUUCAGAUGGCCUUACGAGUUAAUGCCAUCAAAUAUUUUAAUUUCACAUAUACUGCAACAUAAAAACAAAAUGUUGUUGGUUACGUACAUGGUUGAUUUCCAUGUGUGGUUUUUUUGCUAAAAUUAAGGGUUUCCUUGUGUUUCAGAUUCAAAUCACAUUUGUAUGGGAGUUAUUUUUAAAUCUGAAUAUAUAAACUGAUUCCAAACCUAAAAAGAAAGAUUUUAAUUAAAUAUAAGGUCCAAAAUUAUUUUUUACUGUUAUCAAAAAAAUAUUUUACAACAUAUAUAAAGAUUUUUUUUAACACCGUUAAUUAUACUAUUAUAAAUUAUGAGAAAUAUUACAUAGAUGAUAGUACAGUCGAAAAUUCUAUCACCUUAUGAAGAUUCAUGUCUAGAUGUAUUCUCCAAUAUUCUAUAUAAUUUGACUUUCCGGAAAUUAAAACUCAGACAUUCAUGUUAUAGAAGAAUUAAUGAACCUUUAGUUAAAUCAAAUCAGUAGAUCAAAUAGACUUCCACCGUAUAUAAAGAUUUAAUACAAGUAUUUGUUGCAUUAUUUAUUAGUCUGAUAUAAAACGUGGGAAAUUAGGAAAAUGUCCCUCGACAAUUGGCAUCAACAUUUAUAUAAAGUCGGCCUCAUCUAGACACUUUAUAUUUUGUAACCGUAAUAAAUUGGUGGCUGUGCAUGCUAGGUAUCUAUCCCGUAGAUCUCCCCUUUUGUCGUUUGUACCUUGUCAUGGAUGUGUUAACCAUUGACUAGUUGAGAUUUAAUUGAAAACCAGCAGAUCAUUUUAGAACAUCUUCAGUCCUUUCUAUAUUUAUCUCUUUAAUAGAAUUUAGAGGUGAAUACACGUUAUCUAAUUCUAUUUUUUCUGUUAAAAUAAAAGUUACUAUUUUCUCUUUUAUAAAUAGAAGAAGAAAUAGAAAUUCCCAAUUUUUGCCUCUGUAAUUAAAAAUUACUAUUUUAUAGAAAUACUUUGUAGUAAACUCACUUUUUUAUAUAAUACCUUUAUUUCAGAGAUAAAAAUAACAAAAUAUAUUGGAGAAAACUGAUCUCUCAAUUACAAAACCAACAUUUUCUUUGGUCCUAAGGAAAUAAUAAAAUACGUUGCAUAACAUUUAAUCAUAUUUACCUUUUCAACUUUUUGUAAUGUUUCGAUAAGAUGAGUUUUCAACCGUUGGGCGAAUAUUAUAAUUGAUUAUUUCUUCAUAUUUAUUAUAAUUAAGUUUUAUAAAAUCAUUAACUAUGCAUGCUUCUAGCUCUCUCCUUUCUGUCUAUAUAUAACUUUCUUAAUACACCUCCUUUCAUCCUCACCCUCCUCCUUUCAUCUCUUUGGGCCCCUUAAAAAUAACCAAAGCCAUGAACAUAUUCCAAGACUGGCCUGAGCCUAUUGUCCGUGUUCAAUCCUUAUCCGAAAGCAACCUCCAAGCCAUACCAAACCGCUACGUCAAGCCUCUGUCUCAACGUCCAAACUUACUCUCUGAAAACUACCAUACCAAAAACAACCCUCACACCGCCGCCAUACCAAUCAUUGACUUAGGCGGCAUAUACACAAACGACAUAACUCUACAGGCCAAAACGCUUGACGAGAUCUCGAAAGCUUGUAGAGAAUGGGGAUUCUUUCAAGUGGUGAACCAUGGGAUGAGUCCUCAGCUCAUGGAACGAGCUAAAGAAAUAUGGAGAGAGUUCUUUCAUCUUCCCAUGGAGCUUAAGAACAUGCAUGCUAAUUCGCCAAAAACUUACGAGGGAUAUGGAAGCCGACUUGGCGUAGAGAAGGGUGCUAUUCUAGAUUGGAGCGACUACUAUUAUCUUCAUUAUCAGCCUUUGUCUUUGAAGGAUUACACCAAGUGGCCAUCUUUGCCUCUUCAUUGCCGAGAAACUUUGGAGGAUUACUGCAAGGAAAUGGUGAAAUUGUGCGAGAACUUGAUGAUGAUAUUAUCGAGAAACUUAGGAUUACAAGAAGAUAGACUUCAAAAUGCGUUUGGUGGUAAAGAUGAAGCAGGAGGAUGCUUGAGGGUUAAUUACUACCCAAAAUGCCCUCAGCCGGAGUUGACUCUAGGCCUCUCACCGCACUCUGAUCCCGGAGGAUUGACCAUUCUAUUGCCGGACGAACAUGUCGCUGGCCUUCAGGUCCGUGGAUCCGACGAUGCUUGGAUCACAGUUGAACCAGCUCCCCAUGCUCUCAUCGUUAACAUUGGUGACCAAAUUCAAAUGCUAAGCAAUUCAGUAUUCAAAAGCAUAGAGCACAGAGUGAUUGUGAGCCCUGCAGAAGAGAGGUUGUCAUUGGCAUUUUUCUACAACCCAAAGGGUAAUGUUCCGAUCGAGCCACUGAAGGAACUAGUGACCGUAGAUUCACCAGCUCUAUACACCUCCACGACCUACGAUCAAUACCGUCAAUUCAUUCGUACGCAGGGUCCACGCAACAAAUCUCAUAUCGACGAACUUAGAUCCCCUCGAUAGUGGAAUGUGCUUGCACGAAAAUAUAUAUAAUGAAUUGAUGUUUUUGUCUAUAUAAUGAAGCGCGCUUCUUCUUUUUGUGUUAAAUAAUGAACUAUUUAUCGUAUUGUUUUGUUAUAAUGUUUACAUUAUAUUAAAAAACUACAUGUUUUAUCACAAAAUGUUUUUUUUUUCUGAUAA